GAAGGAUAGGAGGUUUGGUUGUAUCUCAAGAACUACCAGCAGAUAAGCAGGAAAAUGAUGUUUCCUGAAACAGCCCUCUUUGUGGUGAAUUAUAUCCUUGCUCGGUAUGUAUCCUUGCUAUACUUAUCAUUGGGGCAGAGGGAGGGUGGCUGGACAAACACCCACCAAUCAGAAUAGGGCGGGGCAGACUCCACAAAACACCCUUGCUGGAGUCUUUUGCCUUGGACCUAAUUGCCAGGAAAAGUCCCUGACCAGCCUUUUUCUUUCUCCUAAGCCUAUUUUGAAUUUUUAGCUAUACCUACAACCACAACCACAUGUUUUGGACUACUGUUUUGCUUAGGGAUAGUGGACGUUGUAUGUAGCCCAAAGCUUCUGGGGGGAGCCAGGUUAGGGAGGUCUUAGGUGGAGAAAAUAAACAAGGUCCCUGCUGCAGACACAGCAAAACAUGGGAGGGUAAGCUGAGACUUAAUACAGGAGAAGGCAGAAGUGCCUUUGCUUAGUAGAACAGCCAUAUUCAGUCAGAAGCUGGAUAUUCAGACUGUUUGAGAAGAGUUAACAGCAGCCAAAUGUUUUGGCCCAGCCUUGCAUGGGAAGCCCACCCUUCCCUGUUAACUUUAAAAAAAGAAAAGAAAGAAAAACAGAUGGUAACGAACAUGGAUGGUUAGUGGCCGUGAUGGCUGUGCUCUGCCUUCACAAGUGGAGGCAGCAAUGCUUCUGAAUACUAGUUGCUGGAAACCACGGGAGGGGUGAAUUCCCACAGGCAUCUGGUUGGCUACUGUGAGAACAGGAUGCAGGGCUAGAUGGGCCAUUGGUCUGAUCCAGAUGUCUCUUCUUAGGUUCUUAUGUUUAACAUCUUAUUCCAAUAGGCCUUCAGGGUAUGUGGAAGCAGUUCCACUCUGGUCAAAUUCUCCCUUGGACUUGUGGCUGACUGUGCAUCUUUACAACUGCACUAUUUUGAUUUUAAAUUAUUGCCAUUGUUUUAAAACCUGUAUUUCUAGCAUUUUUGCUGAGCCACCACCUUGGGGGUCUUCCAGCCACUACUAUCCACCUGCCCCCACAAAGUUGUCUUUAUACAUUUCCAAGGAUAGAAACAAAUAAGUUACAGAAUCUGGAGCAUUGUAGCGAAUUUCUAAAAUGAGAGGUACCAGGGCAUCUUUGGAGAGAAGCCUUUUCCAGGGGAGGAGGAAGGGGUGUGUGGUGGGAGCGGUCCCCCCAGGGUGUCACCACUGAGGGGGGGUGACAAAAUGUUGGGCGGCACUCACUGCGGGGCCUGCAGCAUGCCCCAGCCACACGUCUCUCCUGGAAGUGACGCGGUGGCUUGGGCGCCCGCAGGCUCUACACUGCCCCAAAUGGUACGCCUGCCACCUCCCCCUCAGCUGUGUGGUGGCUGAGUGGGAGGAGGCAGGCAGACUCCUCAGAGGCCCCACAGAGUGUCCUGCCCCGGCUGGCCCUGCCCCCACAGCCAGCUGGCCGUGCCCCUGGGCGCAGGGCACACGUGCCACCCCAUCCGCCCGAUCGGCUUGCUCUGCCGCUGGCCUUUCCCCCUUGUUCUGGGCUGGCUAUAGUAAUUUAGUGGGCCAGGCAGUCUGUGUAUAAGUAGGGACUGUUGGCAAGGUUGCCAUUUUACAGAGGUCAGUCUGCUAUUUUAAAGUGUCCCCUGUUUGAAGGAUGAACCAAGUCCAGUUUAAAGAGAAAGACCUAUAAGAAGGGAGAGCAGGAGAGGCCUUGAAGGUCACCCAGGCACAGCCUUCCCAACUCUGGGGAGAUGUAUACUAUUCUUGUUUAAAUGACAUUACCAUAUUUCAUUUCCUCCCUUAAACUGAUGUGUAUUUGCCACCUAGGGCAGGCACAAUAUUCUUUUGACAAAAAUAUUUAUAGCAAUGAGACCGGUGUACAGUCAGAGGGACCAGAUUUCCCCAUUGCUGCUGCUGCCACCACCCCGUCCUCCCUUACAUACGAGAUCUGUCCUUCGAGCGCUGUGGUCAUUGCACAUGAUGCCUCUGUGACAGUUUCAUUGUGUGUGAAGUCUGGGGGCCAAGUGCCCUACUUUACAGAGAACAGUCAUAGAAUCAUGGAGUUGGAAGGGACCCUGAGGAUCAUCUACUCCAACCCCAGCAAGAGCAGGAAUAUGCAGCCGUCUCAUAUGGGGAUCAAACUUGCAACGUUGACAUCAUCAGCACCAUGCUUUAACCAAGUGAACGAUCUAGUCCUCUGUAUUUGAAAGAGUUCCAUGUUUGAUGGGCUGUCUGGUUUAACAAGAGAGAAUGAAUUGGGGAAAAAAAGGUUUAGAAGUACUUUUCAAAAAAAAAAACCCUAGAGUCCUUUUUGUUGGGGAUAAUUCAGAUGGAAAUUCCCAGGUGUCAAAAAAGGUUAUUUAUGUAUGCCACCACUGCGGCCCAUGUUUUGUUAGCCCAAAAAUGGAAAACGAGCGAGGUCCCAAUUAAAAAGAAUGGCAUCUUAAACUGACAGAAUAUGCACAGCUUGAAGACCUAACAUAUAGAAUAAGAGAACAAGAAGAACAUACAUUUAAAGAAGAUUGGGAAAUGUUUAUCGAAUAUAUGGGGGGAAAUUGUGUACACUUGAAAACAUUGGCAGCAUUAAGAUAAAUUCAACAGUGCAAACAAGUUUUGUUAGAUGUAAUAAUGGAAUACUGAAUGGUUUAGUUUAUGUAAAAUAUGCAGGGAUUUAUGAUAUGCAAAAUGAACCAUGGAAAGAAAAGAAGGGAAGGCACUGACAUUUUAAGGUUGUUUAAAUGAAUGUGUAAAACAGAAAAUUUAAUAAAAAUUAUGUCUAAAAAUAAGAGAGAGAACGAGAGAGAGAGAGAGAGAGAGAGAGAGAGAGAGAGAGAGAGAAGCUUAAGAAACGAGAGAAGGAGGAGGACUGCCCAUCUGCAGGGAGCCACACCUGGGCAGCAGGCUGAGCAAGGAAGCACACAGUUCACUUGGCCACAGUCUCCAGGCUUGGUCCUGUUCAUUGAAAUUAAUGAACAGAACCAAGCCUGGCCCAUUAAUUUCAACAAGAGUACUCAGAGUAAAUCUAAGCCGGAUGCAACCCUGUAUCCUAUGUAAGUGAUAGCAAUUUAAUUAAUGCCUCUCGGCAACAUCUAACUGAAGAAAGCAUUUGGCCUCUUCUGAGUCUCUCUCCCAUGCUUGUUGCUGCAGGAGGCCACGGGCGCCUUCUCCUCGCCGGGUCAUAGUGGAGAUGCCCUGGAAGAGGCUGGUCAGCCUGCACCCUGCUCACUACUCCAGCCACCGCGGCCUGCAGGAUUACUGGAUCAGCCCCCAGAGGCGCUACCCAGCUGGCAGCGCGUGGCACACCCCCACCAAACGGCUCUUGAUCCUCCCUGGGAACACUGGCGUUUCAGACGUGGAGUCCGUUCACACGCCAAAUGCAGGCCAAUACAGGCAUAAGCUCAUGUGAGUAUGGAGCACAGGGGAGCAUCGUAACUGAGCACGUGGCCACCAGUCUGCAUCAUUCAUUCCCAUCGGGGUUAGAUUUCUCCCGGGAUGAGUUUGGUGGCUUUCAAGUUGCCCACUUGUUGAAUGACUCCUCCUGUAUCACUUGCUCUGGGAAACAGUCAAAGGGGGCAAGCAGCCAGCCCAGUGCUCCAUAACCUGGCACCCUCCAGAUGUUUAGGACUACAACUCCCACCAGCCCCAGCCAGCAAUUGCAGUUGGGUGUUGUGGUCCAAAACAUCUGGAGGGUGCCAGGUUAGGGAAGUCUGUGCUGGUCAAAUAAUUCCCUUCCAAUCCUGUUUAGUACUGUGGUCUCCCGGCUAUCAACACACAAGAGAGAUAAACGUGCGCACACAUCCCACCCCCCAAAAUGCUACCCCUUUAGAGAUGGAAUGCAAUAAGCAGGAUGAGAGGUUGUAUUUGUGACAGAGCAGGGAAGGGGUACAAAAACGAUCGUUUCUGAGUAUUUAAAAGCCAAGGUGGACAGGACUUGAGGGAAGGCUCCUUCAGAUACAAGCAGUGCCACAGGAAAAAGACAGAUAUGCUCCCCACCCCCACUCCAACACACCGUUUUUGUGGGGUUCAGACUCCUGGCAAUCGCUCCAUUGCAAGAAAUAAACCCAUCCCUCUCUCCUUGCCUGUUUUAAUGCCAGCCACCCCACUAAAGUGUUAAUUAGCUCUUAGCAGUUGCUGGGUAACCGCAUCCUGCCUUCCAUGGUCUUUAAGCCAAUGAGUGUUUGUCCUGGUGAUGUCAUGCUCUUAGCUCGUGUGUCAUUGGCCAGAGCAAGGCUUGCCUUUUAAUAUUCUGCCAGGAUGGUUACCUGGGAGAAGUUUUGUCUUUGCUGGACUGAUCCUGUUGCCUCCAGAUUGGAGGAGGAGGUGUUGCAUCUCUGUGUCCUCCCAUGGGAAAGAAUUGAAACCUCCUGAAAGAAGAGCACAUAUAGGAGUCGGUCCAGACAUACGUGCCCACAAGCAAACAGAGAUAUUAGUAAAGCACAGCCAGUCUUCAAAGGAGAGAUUGCAUUGCACUGUGCUUUGUACAUUUCCUGGCCCCUGGCUGAGGUUUCAGCCUGAAGUGCUGAAUGGACUCUACCUUUCAUGGGGGUGUUUCACUGUGGAAAGGAGAUAAUCAGAGAUCAUUCUGGAGGAUCAGAUGUAUUCUCCUACUCUCUUCCCAUGAAAAUGCAUGCAGGAGAAAACAAGGAAUUAAAACAUUGAAUUAUGCUGUAAAUGUGCAUCUCACAUUACAUUUUAGCAUAUCGGUCAUCCAGAGAUUUAGCAUUUUACAAACAAGCAAACAGAAAUGUCACUCCCAGGGCUCAGAAGGGCUCCUCAAAUUAUGGAUUGACAGAUCUGUAUUUCAGGUAAAUAGAAGUGGGAGCCAAGCUUAAUUGGCAGAUCAAGCAAUGAAAGUCUGAAUCCACUGGUCUCUGGGAGCCAAUUUCAGUAGGUGGCACUGAGGGUUAUAGGCACCCUUGUUCACCAUCCAAAAGUAAUCAGAAUGGCCUUUUCUCCUAGAACAAUCAGCCAUGACUUUAUUCAACAUUCUUUCCACAUUUCAAAAAAGACAUGAUGUGUUGAUCAUGUGCAAACUGACCUUUAAAUUGAUUGAUCAAACAAUUAGAAACCUGAUGCUUAAUCAACAGGAAAUGCUUUUUUAACCAGCCUGUCAGAAUAUAUUGAAAUGAGUUUGUACCUUGCCUUCAAAGUCUGCCUGGCGUGUCUGUUCCCAUCCCACCUCAUUCCCUCCCCCUUAUUCCCCCAUUCUUAUCCUCUCCUUUCUUUCAUUUAAUGUUUUUCAUUUUUUCACCCAGGAGAGUGAGAGGUGCUUGUCCCCUUAGAUGAGUAUGAGGGCCAGUGUGAGGAGGUAUUGGGGUUUGUUUGAUCAUUCCUGAUCCCUUUGCCACCAGAACUCAAAAAUGGCUGGAGAGAAAAUGAGCUAAUAAGAAAGCCCCCAUUGACAGGUGGCCGGCCCAACUGCUGCUUGGCAGGGCUGUGGAGCCCAAGGGAAAAGCCAGCUGGGCCCCACUACCUUCUCAGCCCUCUCCUCUGGUCUUUCUGAGUGCUUUUCUGCCCCUUCUUGCUCUGGCCUUCAGUCCACGCUACCACACCCUACCUUGCCCCCGCCCCUUUGCUGCUCUCUUAUUUUUUGGGUCUCCCCCUUUUCUCCGCUUUUUCCUACUCUCCUCUAUCCUUUGUCCUCCACCCCCCCCCCCCCAAUAACAGGAGCCUUGGCCUCUUCCUGCUGCUGCUGGUCCCAGAUGAGCUCCUCUGUUGUCUCCAUCUGUCCCGCCUUUCAUGGAGACUUGAGAAGCUGCCAGGUCCAGAAAGAGGAUGGGGUAGAGUAGGAGUGAGAGAAAGCUGAAGAGAGGGACCCAGAGAGCCUGGUGGCCCAGUGGAGCACCCCAUUGGCAGCCCAGAGGAGGCAGGGGCAGGGCAAGAGCCUCUGGGUGGAAGGAACAACUUGACCCAAGGCAUGCCACUGCCAGGAUUUUCUCCUGGGAGCCUCUUCCUAACACUGCUUGCAAAAAUACUGGCUCCCCAUUCACAGAGCCGUAGAAUUGUGGAGUUGGAAGGGCCCACCAGAGUCAUUAGUCCACCCCUGCAAUGCAGGAAUGUUUUGCCCAAUAUGGAGCUCGAACCCAGGACCCUCAGGUUGAGUCGCAUGCUCUGCCACAGGAGAACACCCCCACGAGGCUGUGCCUCAAAGUAGCCUCUGUGGAAGUGGUGGCAGUGGGGUUGAGAUUGUCACGUCAGGAGCAUCCUAGAUCCUGAGCUAUUAGGGCCCAUACCUGAGACCUGGGGGCAUGGAUGGCAUUAAGCAUGACACAUCAAAACAAACAAAAAAAUACAAAAUAUGAUAAAUGAGCAAAUAUGUCACCAGUUGGAAAUUAAGGGGUGUCCCCAGGUUCAGCUGAAGUGAAGGAAUCAUUCAUUCUCACCUACUUAGGGAGUCUAGGUAAGGAAGGUGUUCUUGCCCCCCUGCAGAUUAAAGACCUCCCUUUGCCACCAGGUGGUUGGGAGGCAAACCUGGAGACUUAGGGAUAUGCGUACCUCUGCAUCCCGCCAGAAAAAAAGGCACUGAUUCUAGGAGUAUAGCAACCUGGGGAAGGGGUGCCAUGUGGACUUGCUGCCUUGUAAAAUCAUGGAAUCACAGAAUUGUAGAGUUGGAAGGGACUCAGAGGGUCAUCGAGUUCAUCCCCUGCAAAUUAAGGAGUUUCAACUUGAUCAGAUGGCCAUCGAACCUCUGCCUAAAAACCUCCACCGCCUUCCACUGUCCAUUCCAAUGUCAAACAGCUCUUACUUUCAGGAAGUUUUUCCAUAUGUUUAGUCAGAAUCUCCUUUCUUGUAACUUGAAGCCUCUGGUUCGUGUCCUGCCAUCCAGAGCAGGAGAAAACAAGCUUGCUCCAUCUUCCAUGUGACAGCCCUUUAGAUAUUUGAAGAUGGCUGUCAUAUCUCGCCUCAGUCUCUUCUUUUCUAUCCUAAACAUACCCAGCUCCUUCAACCGUUCCUCAUAAGUCUAGCUUUCCAGACCCUUGAUCAUCUUGGUCUCCCUCCUCUGCACACCUUACAACUUGUCAAUAUACAUCUUAAAUUGUGAUGCCCAGACCUGGACACAGCACUCUGCGUGUGGUCUGACCAAGGCAGAAUAGAGUGGAACUAUUACUUCCCUUGAUCUGGACACUAUACGUCUUGAUACUGCCUAGAAAUAGCAUUAACUUUUUUUAGUGCUGCAUUACACUGUUGACUCAUGUUAAGCUUGUGGUUAAGCAGAUGCAGCACAAAGGAAUCAUCAUAGAAUUGUAGGGUUGGAAGGGACCCUGAGGAUCAUCUAGUCCAACCCCCUGCAAUACAGGACUAUGCAGCUGCUGUCCCAUACGAGGGUUGAACCUGUAACCUUGGCGCUGUCAGCACCACACUCUAACCAAGUGAGCUAUCUAGGAAGGUUUACCAAGAGCAGUGGCUGGCCAGGUGAGCCCUGUGGAAGCUUGCAGGCAGGGAAGUGUCUAUGGCUUUUCUCCAGCAUCUAGUCCUCAAAGGUAUAGUGCUGCAGCACUUGGAGGUACCACUUAAUUGCUAUGGCUGAUGGUGAACCUCACGAGGAUGCCAAAAAUCCCUUUUCAGGGCCAAAUAGGCCUCAGGGGGCUCCUGCUAGCCAACCGGAGGUGCUAGCUCCCUGCCGAUUCAGCAGGAUGCAGACAGAGCAUGUGGAGUCAGGCUCCUGAGGCAGGUAAAAUGACAUUAAUUGGAGAAUUUUAUCUUUCUUGAUGGGGAGGCCCCCAAGUCUGGGCCAGCAAGAAGACUAACAGCAGCUUUAUGAAGGAGCGAGGCAGGUGGUCCCUCCAGGUUAGAAGGAAGGGAGCAGAUCAAAGCGGGAGAUGUGAACAGCCACCUGCCCUUUGAAAUAGCAGCAGCAGGCAGUGAGGAGGGGGGCACUGGGAGGGGAGACCACAUAGCACAGCCAGGGCUGAGAAGGGAGAGCUGCUCCUUCUUUUCAGCAUUCCACAGGCAGAGAGUCUCUUGCCUGGCCAGUGAUCGUGGGGGAACUUCCCUCAGGGGAUCCGAUUCAUCUGUCUCUCGUUCUUCUGCCAUUCACGCUGCCCAAAGGUACUGCUUGCCACUUGGAAAAGUGGCAGCAUUUGGGGCUUUUUAGUUCAGAGAAAAUGCAAGUAAGAGGUGGCAUGGUAGAAGUUUAUAAAAUUAUGCAUGUCACACGGAGAGAAAGGUUUUUCUCCCUUCCACAUAACACCAGAAUUCACGGACAUCCAAUGAAAUUCACACUCGGCAUUUCUAGGUGUACACUUUAAAAAUUGGCCCUGGGAGCCCCUGAAAAAUGUGCAAAAGGCCUGACAUCUAAAGGUGAAAAUGGGCUUUGCAGGUUGUGGGGAGAUGUACAUUUGUAUGCUAAGAUUUGGAGCUUGCCUGCCAGCGCUGGACCGCAAUAAAAGCCGGCUGCAUAUUUUUAGCCUGGUCCUUCAGCGCCAGGCCCAUGCGCACCUGCUCCGCUUCAUCAAACUCGGCAAGCCGUGCAGUGCCGUGUGCCUUGGGACACGGAGCACACAGGGAAGAGACACCGGGCUCUUCAGCCUGGGAAGGGAACAGGCGUAGCCACAGCAGCCGCUGCCAUUUCCACCACAAAGCGACGCAAGAGCAAACAGAUCGCCUGCGAGAGCAGAUGGCUCUUUACCGAAUUACCGCACCAGGCGUGGCUCAAGGAGAGCAGAUGGACUUGAGGGGGAGACUCAUAAACAGAGAGGGAACUUCGCUAAGCCAGCUCCUGACGCUUCCUAUAAAUACUUAACAACCUCCAAGCUUUCUCCUGUUAUGAAACUGAAUUCGUUAAACUGCCUUCAGCUCCCGUGAGAGAAAGGGAGGGAAGCCCAUCCAGCAACCAAGAAGCAGCUCUUCUGUUUCUUCCUUGGGUGAACAGCUCUGUGAUUCAUCCUGGACCGAGACCGAAACCCAUUAGUGUAAAAGCACCUGCUUGCAAUUUGGGGGGCACCAUUUCAGUAGGAAAGGAAGCAAAGAGAUUUCAAGAUGGGUGGGAGAUAGUUUCGCAACAAGCUUUAUCUUUAAGGCAGGGAUGGGGAAAUGCAGAACUGGGGAUCAAUGUGACCCUCCAGGCUUCUCUAUCUGGUCCUUGGCACUCUUCCCAGGCCCUGCUCUGCACUCUCCUCAAGUAGCUUUGCCUGGCUGGAAUGUGUCCUUCAACUCUGAUCAUGCCCUUUGCUUGCCUAGAUAUAGCGGCGGCGUCAGUGUACAAGCCACUUGCUUUUGCAUGGCUGGAAUGCAGUACUGUACAAAAGUUAAGAGUCACAUCCGUUAUUCUGCCAGUGUUUCCCUCUGGCCCUGCUCAUCACUAUCAUGUGGCCCUCAGGAAAUUUGGUCCUCAGGUUCCUCGUUUCCGUAGGAAACACAGGCUCAUGGACAUACUCAGUUAAAAUUGUAAGAGCCAAGCCCCAGGCAAUCCUAUCUGGGGUGACCUGUGUGAUGGCUGAUUCAUGCAAGCAACCAUUUAACCCUGCAAUUAUUUCAAGGGAUGAGCACAAAGGGGUGCCCCAGUCCAAAGUCCAUUUUGGAUCUAAGGGGCAGUUCAUGCACACAAACAAUUUUAAGAAGGACACACUUUAUCUCCAUGUGAUCAGUGUCCUUGAGGAAUACAACCCCAUGAAGAAAUUCUUGUGCGAACUGACCACUUACCUAGGGACAGCUGCAGCCAUGGCAGUGAUCCCAAGCAAGUUUGGGAAGAAAAAUCUCGAAAUGCUCAUUUGGUUAGUUGAGACUUAACUGUGUGUCGGUUUAAGCACAAACUGAAUUAAGAGGCCAUCAGCGUGUCAUGAAAAGGCAGCCUUUGUGCCGCUCUGUCCAGUUCUGGAUUCCCAGCAACAGCCAUUCAAAGGUGGCUUCAUUCUCACCACUUGCGGGUCUCGGUGUUACCGUAUUUUUCGCUCUAUAAGACGCACCAGACCACAAGACGCACCUAGUUUUUGGAGGAGGAAAACAAGAAAAAAAAUAUUCUGAAUCUCAGAAGCCAGAACAGCAAGAGGGAUCGCUGCGCAGUGAAAGCAGCAAUCCCUCUUGCUGUUCUGGCUUCUGGGAUAGCUGCGCAGCCUGCAUUCGCUCCAUAAGACGCACACACAUUUCCCCUUACUUUUUAGGAGGGAAAAAGUGAGUCUUAUAGAGCAAAAAAUACGGUAAUUGCUUGGGCUUCACCCGUCUUCUCUUGCGCUUGUGUAAUCCAUUCUAUUCCUGGCUGAGGACUGAACCUUGUAACCUACAUUACCAGUCACUUUCUCCAGAAUACGUGAUUACUCAGUCUUCACUCAAAUAAUUAAAUUACUCAGGCACACCACUGACUUUGAAUAUCAAAACACCCUCAAAAGGACAGGCAGAAAAUAAGCGGAGCUCAUAUAGCAGCUCUGGUGCUCAACCAGCGGGGUGUGGGAGAAUAACUGGUUCAGCUUUAUUCCUUAACAGAAUAAUUUGAGGCUAUUUUUUCUUUUCCCAUUUCAUCCUUCCCUCCUGGGGAGGGACCAGGGACACCUUCCUUUCCACCAUCUCCCCUCUCACACAUCGGAUUGCAAUAUUAUAACACAUUCUAUUCAUCCUACAAUGCGGUUUCACUUUGCCAAACAUACUCGGCUGUCAGGUGUCCAUAGCCAGGGGUCAGCAAACUUUUUCAGAAGGGGGCCAGUCCACUGUUCCUCAGACCUUGUGGGAGGCUGGACUAUAUUUUGAAAAAAAUAUAUGAAUUAAUUCCUAUGCCCCACAAAUAACCCAGAGAUGCAUUUUAAAUAAAAGGACACAUUCUACUCAUGUAAAAACAUGCUGAUUCCCAGACGGUCCGCAGAUUGGAUUUAGAAGGCGAUUGGGCCGGAUCCGGCCCCCGGGCCUUAGUUUGCCUACCCGUGGCCCACCUUACGCUUCCUCAACCUCAGCCCUCCAGAUGUUUUGAGACUACAGUUCCCAUCAUCCCUGACCACUGGUCUUGCUAGCUAGGGAUCAUGGGAGUUGUAGGCCAAAAACAUCUGGAGGGCCGAGGUUGAGGAGGAGAAGCCUGGCCCAGCUUAUCAGCUCUGCUUGGGACUGGUUUAAUUCACUUGAUUUCUGUUGCUAGAAGGUAUCCAAAGCUUAUAUGGGGGGGGGGGAAUGUCCCAAAUCAGGAUCAUUCACCACGCACACCAUGCAUAGUCCCUCUUACCCUCAAAUUUCUGUUUAAUUACCUCAGCCUUACGGGGAUAAGUGUGUCAACAUUUCUACUGGACUCUGCUCCUGGACCUUUUACAGUCGCUAGAGUUUUUCACAGCAUGGAGACAAGCCCUGGCCAAGGCACUAGGAGCAGGACAGGACAGUCUCUCCCUGUCAUUUGGCAACCUAGGCCUGAUCUAGGAUGAUAUCCCUUUUGCAGAUGGACAAAGCGCUGGCAGCACCUGAACCAUUAUUACCUGGGCAAGAGAGAACGCCACUUCCUGUAGCUGAACUUCUGAACUCUGGCCCCAGGGCCAUGCACUCAGAGGUAAGUAGCGAAGGCCUCCCAAUUCAAUUAUAACACACACCAGGGAACAGAUGGUGCCAGAGAAAUCUCUGGUGUAAAUUGCCUGGGAGAACUAGGAGGUCAAAGGGGACAGAGCCACCUCUUCCACCUGCUGGCUGCUGUGAAGGUGGAAAGGGGCCCUUCCUUUGUAUAUGAACAUUCAAGAAUAUGCACAGACCUACCUAACUACUUAGAACAUUCACGUUCUGCUCCAUAAUUACAGGAAUUAAUGAGGCAGAUAACAGAGAGAAGAUGUAAAACCACAAUAGCAUCUCAAUUCAAACCAUUAAAACAACCUCAAAGAAAACAACCCACACAAACAUUAUAUAUAUAUAUAUAUAUAUAUAUAUAUAUAUAUAUAUAUAUAAAAAUGCGAAAGUAAGAGAGCUGGCAUUUGUAACUUUUGUGAAUCUGCCAGGUCAAAGAGCCCUCUUACCUUUUGUGAAAUCACGUCCCACCCCCCAGCUGUGGUUUAUAGAACAGUAUGAAGGAUGAAUUUUGCACAUUUCCUUUUUAAAGUUCCUCUAUCUUUUUGGCCAUAAUCAAGCACUGACAAGAAGAUCAGAUUUAUUCUGUCUUUGUGAUGCUGAGCAAAGCAUCUGGUGAGGAGAAUUUUCCCAGGCUAAGUUGUAUGAAAGACAAGGGGGCAUUCUGGAGUUUGCAGGGUGAGUCUCUUCCUGGACCCUUGAGGGAAGGCAUGCUUUGUAACAGGCCAGAUAUUUGUCACACAAACACACCCUUCCUGGUAUCCAACCCCAAAUUAUGCACAUCCGCUCCAUGAUUGGUUCAUAUUUCAGAAGAUUUGGCAACAAAAAUUGGCAGAGUUUUUAUUUACUUUUUAAACAAAAUUUACACACCACUUGGUUGUUUAAAACAAACACAACUCAAAGUGUUUUACGGAAAUAAUAAAACAGUUAAAAUCAGCUAAUUAAAACAUUCAGAAACAUUUCUAAAAAGCCUUCUUUCCUCUUCUCUUUCAAUCUCUUUUGUUCUCAAACCAAACCUGCAGUUCAUAUUCUAAAACACUCCCAGAGAGAGAGUAUACCAUACUUUCUUUUCUUCUUUUCUUUUUAAUGCCCUCUUUCAGGGCCAAAAAGCCCUUUCAAGGCAGCUCAUAAUAGUUUCAGAAUACAAAAACAAACACCUAUACAUAAAAAAGUAAAACUAAAACAGGAGCAUAAACAUCACCGUCCAACCCCAACCCCUGCCCCCAGUCUCCUCCUUCUCAAGCCGCCCUGGAGCAACCCAGGGAGUCCCUCGCAGGUCAUCGCCAUGCCAUGCGCCAUGCGCCAGCAGCUGUUAGGCCCUGCAUGCUUACUAUCGCAGCUUAUGAAUGGCUGCAUUAUGCUCAGCCGGACCUCCUUCCCCUCCCCUCCCCUCCCCUCUCCCCACCAACACCACUUUUGCCACACUGUUAUUUUACACUUGUGCCACCCACCAUCGCUAUGUUUGAUCGUUCCUCCCUUGCAGCUGCACCUGCUGGGAGCUGGUGGAGGGAGGGAGCAAAGGCAGAGCAGGUGCGGCGGGCUUUGCUGCUCUCUCACACAGAUGCACAGGCCUGGCGGAGGGGGGAGAGAGGCCUGGGCCUCAGCUUCCACGCUGGCUAACAGACAGCAGGCUGAAAGGCGUGUUUGCCCUCACCGUGGCUGGUGGGAGAGGUCCAUGACGCAGAAGAAGAGCCCUGCCAGAUCUAACCAGCCACCGAGACACCCCAUGUGCUAGCAGCUGUCAAUCACAUGCCCCCCUCGAGAAGCCCCCCAAAGCAGUGCAUGAAAGUAUCGGCCUACUGCAGGAGUGGGUUACCUCAGGCCUGAUGGAGAUAGGGACACAGGCAGGGAACAUCACCCCCACCCCCCCGGCCAGGGAUGGGCCGCAGCUCAGUAGCAGAGCAUCUGCUUUGCAUACAGAAGGUCCCAGGUAGGGCUGGGAGAGACCUCUUCCUGAAUUCCUGAAGAGCUGCUGCCAGUCCGUGUAGGCAGAACAGAGCUCGGUAGAACAGAAUCCCAGAAGAGUUGGAAGCUACCACAGGGAUCAUCUCGUCCAACCCCCUGCAUUGCAGGAGUCUUUCACCCAAAGUGGGGCUCAAACCCACAACCCUGAGAUUAAGAGUCUCAUGGUCUACCAGCUGAGCUAUCCCAGGAACUCGGUUUGAGAAAGCUUGCUAUGAUCCCAUGUGCUUUCCUCCUUGCCCUCGGGAGACUGCAAAGGCCGUACCUCCUUUCCCUAGGCCACACCCCUCACUGGUGCCACCAACCCCUAAUUCAAACAGCCGCUCCAGGAUACCAUGGUCAAUGGUACAGAAAGCCUCUGAGAAGUUGAGAAGAAUUAACAGGGACACAUUUCGUUUCUCUCUUUCUGACAGAGGUCGUCGUAAGGGCAAUCAAUUCAGUUUCUGUGCCCAAACCAGGCCUAAACCCUGAUUGAAAUGGAUCUAGAAAAUCAGUUUCCUCCAAUCCGACCACCUGCUCAAGGACCUUGCCCAAGAAGGGGAGACUGGCAACUGGCUGGUAGUUACUUAGAGUUUCCAAAUCCAGGAAAAUCCACAGACCACUUCCACUUCCUUGACUCAUAAGGUUCCAUUCAGCACCAUUUUGUCAGCAUGAUAAUUUAUUUUAGUUUAAUUUUAAAAUGGAUUGUUUAAUUUGCCCUAAAGCAUCUGUUCUGCACGCGCACACAUUAAGUAUUCAAAUAUCCAUGCAGCAGCACUUAAGAGAAACAUAAAAAUUUAAAAAUAUUUUUAAAAACAGUGCCCCAAGGUUGGUACCAUUUUUGAAGCAUGUCCCUCCUCCACUUUUAAAAAUAUCUGCUAAUACUUUUGUGCCUACUUUUAAAAAACAAACAAAAAACCAUGAUUUUUUGGGGUGAAAUAGUGCCUAAAUAAAGAGGCACGUGAGCACAUAUUUAAAAUUGAUAUUAAAAAGUGGUUCGCUCAGAAUUUUUCUUUUCCUGUCCAUGCAUCUAUGCUCUUUUGACUGUUGUGAACAGAACAUCCUUGUAGGCUUAUGGGCAAGAACCCAUGACCUGGUCGCUAGUUGGGAAAGACCCAAAGCAAGUCUGCCUCUGUGCCUCUGACUACUAGUUGCAGAGGAUCGCUGAUGGAGAGAGUGGCUGCUGUGCUCAUGUCUCGCUUGCAGGCAUCCCAUAAGCACUUAGUUGGCCCCUGUGAGAACAGGAUGCUGGACUAGAUGGGCCCAUGGCCUGAUCCAGCAGGCCCAUCUUAUGUUCUUAUAUAUGCUCUUAAAUGGCCUUCAUUACCCACAUCUUAUAUUAAGUGACAGCUUCCUGUCUGCCCUUGUGGAACUUGCCUUGGUCCACUGCCAGACCUCCAGCUUCAUCCCCCCACCCCCGCUAACCUGGAGCACAUGCAUGGCUCAGAGAGAUAAGGGCCUGCUGGCCCCCUGGCCCAUUCCUCCUCAUUACUUCCUCUUCCCCAUCUCCGCUUGGAUUCCCAGGCCUUCCUGCUGACCUUGGAAUGUUUCAAGCUGCUUUCCUGACCUCAAUCUGUCCCUCUUCCUUCCCCUCCCGUCAGUUUCCUGCCUGUGAGGGUCCUGUGCCAAUGCAGCGCUUUGAUUUAUUCCCCACUUCCUUUGCCGCUGUCCUCAUCCUAAAAUCAUUACACACCGCCAGCGCCUUUGGCGGGUAUCCUCUCUCUGCCCUGCCCUCUCUCGCUUGUUUGGUCCUCCAGAUUUUGGGAGAGUAAGGAAUGGCUCUAGCAAACUGGUUACAUCUGGGUGUGGGGGAUAGGCUCUGCAGUGUAACAGCAGCAAUGAGGGAACUUGCUAGGAGGAAACUGGGCCUCCACUCUUCAUAUCCCAUCACCCAGUUAACUUCCCUCUGUUGCUUUUGCCACAUCGCCCUAUACCUUUCAGAGCACUGCACACUUCUGUCAAUUUAAUUUAAUGCCGUGACUUCCCCAAAGCUUCCUGGAGAUUGUAGCUUGGUGAGCACACUGAGCUCUAAUGGAGAAUUCUCAGGGCAGGAGUCAGGAGGUGAUAAUUUUGCAGCUGCUAAUAAACUACAUAUUAACUCCAUGUUUACUUGUUUAAGUAGCCUAUUUUUAAAAAUCUAAUGCAGGGAUGAGGAGCCCAUGAGGACCCUCAGGUGCUGUUGGACUCCCAACUUCCACCCACCCCAGCAGUUGUGAUUCUGUCCUGCUUAGAAUAGUAAGGCUACAAUACCUUGAAAGCACUUUUGAAGCACAUUCUUACCCUCAAAGAAUUCUGGGUACUGUCGUUUACUCCUCACAGAGUUCCAACUCUCAUCAGCCUUAAGAAAUGACAGUGCCCAGAAUUCUUAGAGGGAAAGGAUAUGCUUCAAAUGGUCUUUAAAAGGCAGUAGUGUGUAUGCAGCCAGGGUGGGAGGCCUGUGGUCCUGCAGAUGGUGCUGAACUACAGCUCCAAGCGUCCCUGCUCAUUGGCCAUGCUGGCUGAGGCUGAUGGGAGUUAGUCCCAAGACACUGGAAAGGCACCACAUUGAGAAAGGCUGCCUCAGUCACAACAACUCUGAACAAACUUGGUCAUUGCUAUUCUGUUACAGACAUGAGGAAUGAAACCAGGGUUAGGGCUAGGGUUAUUCCAUGUAUACUGUACAGUGGUAAAGGUAAAGGUACCCCUGCCUUGACAGACUCUAGGGUUGUGCGCUCAUCUCACUCUAGAGGCCGGGAGCCAGCGCUGUCCACAGACACUUCCGGGUCACGUGGCCAGCGUGACGAAGCUGCUCUGGCGAACCGGCACCAGAGCAGCACACGUAAACGCCGUUUACCUUCCCGCUAUAAAGCGGUACCUAUUUAUCUACUUGCACUUAAGGGUGCUUUUGAACUGCUAGGUGGGCAGGAGCUGGGACCGAACGACGGGAGCUCACCCUGCCGCAGGGAUUUGAACCGGCGACCAUGCGAUCGGCAAGUCCUAGGCGCUGAGGUUUUACCUACUGUACAGUGGUACCUCAGGUUAAUAACUUAAUUCGUUCUGGAGGUCUGUUUUUAACCUGAAAGUGUUCUUAACCUGAGGUACCACUUUAGCUAAUGGGGCCUCCCGCUGUUGCCGCGCCACUUCUGUGCGAUUUCUGUUCUCAUCCUGAAGCAAAGUUCUUAACCCAAGGUACUAUUACUGGGUUAGCGGAGUCUGUAACCUGAAGCGUCUGUAACCUGAAGCAUCUGUAACCCAAGGUACCACUGUAUAUUACUUGCCACGUAAAAGUUCUAGAGUGAUUUACAAGCCAGUAAACAACAAUGCAAUUACAAAAGCAUAUUAAAAGCAGAUUUAAUAAUAUCAUGUGCUGCCCAAAUGCCCACCCCCCACAGUUGUAUUUGCCUGGCACCGAAGGAUGACCAGUUGGUGCCAAGAGAACACCCCCAAAGUGGAACAGUUUGUGGAAUAGAGAUGGUUGCUUGCCUAAGAUCAUCCAGGAUGCUUAUUAUGACUCAGCUGGGGACUUCCCAAGUGUUUUUCUGAUGUGUACAGAGAGUGGCUUCAUCAGGCACUUUACACCAUGCCUGUGUUUUUCCUAAGUUCAAAGUACAUAAUCCUCUUAAGCAGGAGAGAGCAGUGGCGGCGGUGGAAGUUAUCCCAGCUGGCAUCUUCCGCUUGCCCGCUCAGGCCAGCAAGUGAUCUGCAAUGGCAAGGAGCAGCAGCACUGUGCAUCCUCCCUCCCUCUGGGCAUCACCAGUUGCCCGCUGGGCAGGAGGGAAGCGUUAGAAGUAAAGGGGGCACUGCUUAGCCUGUUUCUCUAUCAGGGAGAGGAUGGAAGCGGGGAGGCAUCCUCAGUGCAGCCUGGCACAGCACCAAGCAGGACAGAUCCAGGAAGGAGCAGCCACUGCCUCACCUCCCCCCUCGCUCUGGGCAGCAGCUUCCACAACCACACUGAGCAGGAGACAGCACUGCCUAUGUUAGAGACCCUUGUGGCCCAUAGUGCAUGUGAAGAGAGUCCAGCUUCUCUGCCCAGGAAUCCACUCCUUGUUUUGACCCUGUCUUUCCUGACGGACAACCGUCCAAUUCAGAGUGUGCCAAUCUUGUUUUAUUUACUGUGUCAACAGUUUCUCUCCCCCCCCCCCCCAUGCUAAGCAGGGACUGGGUGAGAUGGCUUGGUGACUCAGAGGGUGACUCACCCCACAAGCUUGGGAUGGCAAAAUGCAGCCAGUGCAGACAUGCCCCUCAGAAGCAGAGGCCAGCCCAGCUCUGUUCCUGGCUUCCGGUCAGGAAGGGGGACUCACGGGGCUGCAAUGCUUGGCGCAACUGAGCUGUGAGCGCAUUUCUGGCUCAGCCAUGCCAAAGCGCGUCAGCCCCGAGGAAAGCAGCUUCCGUUUCCUUCCUCAGCUUCCUCUGCCCCCGUCGGAAGCCACCAACCAGCCAGGCCCCUCUUCCUUGACUGCUGGGAGAGAGCUUUCCUGUGCCCCCUUCUCCACCCAACAGCAGCUGUGGCCUCAAGACCACAAAUGAAUGAAAGGAAGUUGAAGUGGGCUGUGACCCUCCUAAAGGGAGGCUGAAUGCUGAAGCAGAGGGGCCCAGAGGCCACUUCAUAAUAGUGACACAAAUGUUGUCUAGAGCAACAUAAGAAAGUCCAGAAAGCUUGGCAUGCAUGGUUUCAUUCAUCAUAAAUGACCACCCUGCAAGGUAGGUCAGUAUUACCCCCAUAUUGCAGAAGUGCAGCUAAGAAAGAACUGGGUGAAAGAUCACCUGCUGUGUUUGGGGCAGAUGUGAGAUUCAGGCCAGAGACCUCACAGUCUGUGGAUCAGGAUCUUAACAGCAAUUCCUUCAAACCUAGUACAGGUAGGCUCUUUUUUGUCAAUUUCCUGCCUUAUGGGAACUAGCAAUAAACAAAGGUACUCUACGCAUGCUCAGAGGUAUCAUUUGUGCUGUUUUCCUCAAGUCCCAGGGCUGGAACACUGUAAAUGAAGCUUCCAAGUUCAGCAGCCAAUGCCUUAAAAAAAACAACAUAAGCAGUGACACCUGUGAUUCCUGCAUUGCAGGGGUGAACUAGAUGACCCAUUGGUAUCCUUCCAAUGCUAUGAUUCUAUGAUUUUAUGGUUCCAUGAAACGGGGACUCCUAGGCUCUCUAGUUAGUCUGUAUUCUGGUCUCUCAAAUAAUAGCAUGCUCUCUGUGCCACUGGUAGCUCAUGCAGAGGCUGCAGACAGGAGCUGCAUAUCCUGGCUCCUGCAGAGAAGCAAAUAUUUGCUCAAAUCCUAGGUGAUAAGCAUUCCCCCCCCCCCAAAGCCUGCUUGCUGACACCCUGGCAAAGUACACAGCAGUAUGGAGUGAACAGCAUUAUUCAGGACAUGUGGAAAGUGUUAAUGAAUCCACCUUUAGGAUACCUUAUAAAAUCCAGAGUACAAGUUUGGGAAAUCAUGAGAUUGUAAGCUGAUUUCAGUUUAACUUCGAGUCUUCUUGUUGCUCUUUCUAUGUUUUCAAGCAGGGCUGGUGCAAGUAAUUUUUCUGCCUAAGGUGGAACACCCAAACACUUCCCCAUUGCCACUGCUUGUGAACCUGAAGCACAACUCAUUGAGAAAUUAUUUUGUGCAAGCCCCAUUUGAAAGCCUCUGAGCAUGUACAGAGUGCACCUUCCUUUUUCACAUUUUUAGAAAUUGGGAACUUGGCAGCUUCAGGCUUCAGCACCUCUCAUUUUAGCCAGUAAGAACUGAAUUGUGAGUUCAGUCUUAGAAGUGGGGCAUGUAUAUAUUUUGCCAUUCAUAACAGCCAGAAUCUGGCUUGGACUAAGGCAGGGUUAAAUGCUGUGAUCGCAAGGGUUGUGAACUGCCCUUCCAGCAGGAACUGCUACGUUUAGCGUGUGUGAGAGUGCACAGCCGCUGACGUAAUGUCCUUCCUCCUCAUCUGUGAGAAAUGCUGUAAAAUCCUGGAUCAGGCACUUGAGGAGAAGGCGAGGCUCAUGUAGCUUGUCCCCAGCCUGAAAUUCUACCCUGCCUCUGGGGCACUGGCAGCUGCAGUGUGACUCCAGAGACUGACAUUCCUAGCUGUGCCUGGGAGACCAAGCCUUGAAAAGAGCCAAGGAUGCACUGAAAAGUGGAGGAGUGCAUGAGAAAGCUGGGAGGGGAUUAUAUGCAUUGAUCCCUAUCAGCAUAAACAAGCAGAGCUGGAUGUCUGCUACAAUGCUGCCAGAGAGCAACAACAACAAAGUACUAAUGGUGGCCUUGUGUGUAGAAUCCAGCUUCAGGAGAAUCAAGUUUCUAGUCCUUAUGCCUGCCACAGUACUUUUGAACGCUGCCUAAGGAUAUCCAAAGGAAUCAUCACAUCCAGGAGGAUUAGGGCACUGACCACUGCCACAAGCGAGAGAAGAGGAGAUGUGUGGGGUCAGCCAUAAUAAUGAGGAACAGCAGAGACCUUUGAGCCCCAGCAUCUCCUGUGCUACCAACAAGAAGCCCUGUAAUGAUGAUUAGUUAUUAAUCAGCAUCGUAUCCCGGGAUUGGAGCUUGUUAAGGACUCCUGGUCUCUUUCCAAACACAGCACUUCUGUUAAUAGGAACCAGCCGCUGGGUGUAUUUGUGCGCAUCGGUGUCUGCAUUGAUGCAGCUACAAAUGCAUUUCUGAAACCCUUCAAGAUACACAAGUUGCUUACAUACAAAGCCGCAUACAUACAAAUGCACCAGUGGGCAUUUGCAAAGGCACCUAUUUCCAGAAAAGUGCAAAAUUUAAAAAGGGCAGCAGUGCCUGCGCAUUUAAAACACGUAGGCACAUCUACACACGAAAGGCCCCAUAACCCCAGUGCUCUCCUAGUGGAGCCCCUCCCUCCCGCUCAGCACUGCCGGACCACAUGUCCGCAGCACAAAGGAAAUGUCUCAGGCUGUUCCAAGCAGAACAGCUGCCACUGGCUCACUCAAUUCCCCAUUCAUCGGAGCCUCAUCAGACAGAGGAUGGGGACUUAAAGGGACAGUGAGCCGUUUCUUUUGCAAGCCUGCUCUCUCUGCCUGGAGGAACCAUCUUUGCAUUCAGGUCUCUCCCUGAUCCGGAUUGGGCCAGGUACAAGAGAGCUUGAGUAAGGGCUUGGCAGCCAUGGAUCAGACCAUGAAGCCCACUUUAAAGGAGAUUCUCCCAGGGAUGGAGGAGGGAGGGGCUGAAGAUAGGACCGUGUCGCCACUGAAGUGCACUUAAUACAGAUUCAAGCUAUUUUGUGAAGGAAGUACUGUUCAUACCUUCAAAUUCUCUUUGAGUGAAGUUAAAAUUUCAGCUGGCAAGACAAACAGAAGUUCCAGACUUUUGUUCCUUUUUUUUUUUUAGUGUCAUGAUUUUCAAAGCAACCGUUGUCGUUUAAAGGCUCCAACUUUAUGCCAAACCGGGGCGGAUAUGGGGGGAAAUACUGGCACAGUUGGCAACAGUUGGAACUGACUUGGCUUUUUCUUCUUUUUCCUGUUUCAGCUUCAAGGUGGACUCCAAAGGAGCCUGCUGUACCCACCUAAUUUGCUUGCCUGGAUUCUUUGGUAAUUCCUUGGAUUUCAUGCUUCAACCUUUUCUGCUACGGACGAUGCUUCUCAUUUGAUGCUGUUAUUUCUCCCUGGGCC